UUAGUUGACUGCCGCUAAUGGCAUGGUGAGAUGUGUUGAAGAGCAGCUGCGAGGGUGUCCGACGGCAAGGGGACUGCUCUAGAAGCUGGGCUUGCAACAUCAUGGGCCAGUGUGUCACGAAGUGCAAGAAUCCUUCUUCUACCCUUGGCAGCAAAAAUGGGGAAAGGGAAUCCGGCAGCAAGUCGCAUAGUAAGAGAAGUGCAGUCCACAAAGACGACCAUGGUUCAGCUUGUGGGAAGUCUUCAGGAGAUAUACUUGUGAAUGGGACAAAGAAAACGGACGCUGCUGUAGAGUCUAGUCAGCCUCCAACGUUUUCUGGAGAUACAAAGAAAGACUCUGUUUCCAGCACAGAAGAAUCUUCGCUCCAAAGGAUCGGGGAGUUAUUUAGGAGGUAUAAGGAUGAACGGGAAGAUGCCAUACUGGAAGAAGGAAUGGAACGAUUUUGCAAUGACCUCUGUGUUGAUCCCACUGAAUUUAAAGUGCUAGUUUUGGCUUGGAAAUUCCAGGCUGCUACCAUGUGCAAAUUUACAAGGAAGGAGUUUUUUGAAGGCUGCAAAGCAAUAAACGCGGACAGCAUUGAUGGCAUUUGUGCAAGGUUCCCCAGCCUCUUAAACGAAGCCAAGCAGGAAGAUAAAUUCAAGGAUCUCUAUCGUUUCACCUUCCAGUUCGGCCUGGACUCUGAAGAAGGACAGAGGUCGCUACAUCGGGAAAUAGCCAUUGCCCUUUGGAAAUUAGUCUUCACCCAAAACAAGCCCCCCAUUUUGGACCAGUGGUUACACUUCCUAAUUGAGAACCCCUCAGGAAUCAAGGGAAUCUCCCGGGACACGUGGAACAUGUUUCUAAAUUUUACUCAGGUGAUUGGACCGGACCUUAGCAACUACAGCGAGGACGAGGCCUGGCCGAGUCUCUUCGAUACCUUUGUGGAGUGGGAAAUGGAGCGAAGGAAAAAGGAAGAGGAAACCAAAUGUAUUACGUCUUCGGACACAGAGGGCCUGUGUGCGGAGGAACAGACUUAGCGGCGUCGAAGCAGCAGUGAUGAAAGCAACCUGUUGCCCUUCAUAAAAUGUAAACUCUGGAUGUUUCUGGAAAUUACCGAGACUCCAGAUUUUUCUACUUUACACCUUUUUCUGCCUUGUCUUUGAAAGGGCUCUAAAAUGCUGUAUCAUGUUUUAGGCACUUUCUUAAUUUUGGUUAUUCCUUUUACUCUUGCCCUGAAAUAUUUGACCCUGGCUACAAGUUAAGCAUUUUUGGUUUGUUUUUUUUUUUUUUUAAGACUUCAGAUUAGUAUAAGUCAGUCUGAUACUUCUUGCACAAUGUAGAUCUUUUUAGUUAGGUUAAAUUAACAUUGCUAAAUUAUACAGUGCCAGAUUAAGUUUUUCAGACUACAUCUGUCAGGGCAGGUCUGUACUGUGUGUAGUGCUGUUUACAUUGUUGAAAUUUUAGGCUGUAAUAAUUUUAAGGUUUUAUACCAAGAUGAACAGCAGUGUUAACUGUUAACUAUAAAUGCAUUAAUCCCCCGGUAAUAAGGCUCUAAACAACAUAAGCAACAGCUUUUUGUAAUAUGGCUAAUUCCCAUUUUAAGCUAACUCCUAGUGAAUGAGUCCAGAUCAUUCCUUUUUUUGGAGUUUCAAACUAAAUGUUGGGAUUGUUUUAUAAAAUUACUGUACCUGUCAGUCAACUGAGUGGUAGAUGACGAUUUGUAUCUAAAUCUCUUACCCAUCACGUAAUAAAAGAGCAGUG